CGCACUUCCAUCAACAUGCUACAACCCCGAAUAGCAUCGCCCUUGGGGCGCACGCUCCUCAAUGCCUCCUCGAUAUGUCUUCGGUCCCACCAUCGCGCGCUCAACGCCCACCACCUCCCAGUCCAAUCCUUCACCUCCGCAGCCGUCCUCCGCCAGCCCACCCCCUCCUCCAAACAAGCCCAACAACAACCAGAGCCCUCAAAAGAUGAAGAAACCUUUGUCCCCAAGCCCCUCGGCCGCCCUAUCGGCUUUUCCCACCCCCCGCACCCGGGUGACAACACCCUCCCCGCGCUCAAGCCCAACUACUCCGGCAUGACGCUCUCACAACGCAACCUCGCUAAGCGCGCUGACAUCGUCGAGAAAUGGGGCACCAACUACUUCCGCGACUUCAAGAACAUCCGGAAAUACCGGUCAGGGAAGACGUUUGUCGCGAACCCGCGACUUUUCAAGAAGGAGGCGGCGCUGUAUUUUCCGAAUCUGAGGGGCGAGACACUGCAGGAGAAGGGCGUGGAUACGACACAGGUGCUCAGCGGGAAGGUUAGCGUGGUGAAUCUGUUUAGUAGCGCGUGGGGAGAGGCGCAGGUACAUACGUUUACGGGGAAGAGAGCCAACCCGGAGUUGCAUGAGCUGCUGCAGCAAAAUCGGAACGUUGCACAACAAGUGGAUAUCAACGUGGAGGAGAACAGCAUGAAAGCCUGGAUUAUUGCGCUGUUUCAGUGGAGGUUGCGACGGCAGCGGCGGAAGGAUGAUUGGGGCAAGUACUUCGUCAUACGGAGUGGAGUGAGCCAGAAGAUUAGGGAGACGAUUGGGUGCCUGAAUGGGAGAGUGGGUUAUGUUUAUCUUCUCGAUCAGGAUUGCAAGAUAAGGUGGGCAGGGAGUGCGGAUGCGGAGGGCACGGAGGUUCAGGACUUGACGAGGGGAUUGAAGAGGUUGAUUGAGGAGGCUAGGGCGGGCGCGACGAAGACGAGGUCAAAGAUUCCAGUCAAGACUGGAGAGGUGGGAGCCGGUGCGGAAAAGGAUGAGAAGGGGUUGCCUAUUCCGGUACCGAUUGCUUUCAAGUAAAAGAAGAUUGACCUGCUUCUCAAUGACGGGAGGCUUGACUAGUGUACGUUUGGCUGUACAAAAGUGCUCCACAAUGCUGGUUGGCAUCCACUGAUACCAACUCCCCCGUCUAGGGAGAUGUAGACAUAGAUGUACAAUAUAAACAGGUAAUGCGCCUGUUCCUUCCGCAUAUUCAUACCCAAGACGUGCAACUUAAUG